AUGAUUACAUUUACAUAAUCAAAGAGUCGAUUCUCUCUUUAUUAUUUGGAGGAGAGUGAGAAGUAUUUGUAAGAUCUUUCUGCCAAGGUAAGGCAAGUCAACAUGAUGAAAGGUGAUGAGCGGUAUAAUCAUUCUUAAUAGUUGAAUAGAUUGGAAAGGGGAAAGGUGCACAUUUGUUCACGUACAUUGAUAUUCGAGCCAGAGAGGUAGGAGUUGCCCAUUCAGAAAUUGUUCUAUAAAAUGAUAACAACCCCUUUGAGGCAAUCGAAUUGUAUCAGCUUUCGAAUUAAACGCAUAAUUGAGAUUCACACGCAAGGACCACCCUCUCCUUAUGUUUAUUUGGAUGACAUCGAUAUGGAGAUCUAAAUUGAGCCUCUGUUUGACAACAUCAAGAUCGUGUUUGAGUUGAUAGAGAGGAUCUUGCAAAUAAAUCAGCAGAAACAUGAUGUUGAAGGGGAAGUUGAAAAAUUGGAUUCAGAGAAAUUGCAAAAAAUUAGAUUCAACAUGAGUUUUGUAGAAUCAGUCAGUGAGAAACCCCUGAUUCAAAAGGAGAUGUUGGUGCGCAAAAUUAUGCCAUUGAUUCAAACCAAAGGUAACACUUUAUUGUGCAUCAUCUUAGGCAUUUUGUACAUAACCAAUAAGAUCAUCUAUUUCCAGCCGUUCUUCAAGGUUACAUUGAAACCAUGCAAGAAGAUCCCCAUCGAAGAGAUCAAGAUCCUAUACAAGAGAAGAUUCGAAUUGAUGGACAUUGGUUUGGAAAUCAUUUUGAAUAGCGGCAAAACCAUCUAUUUUGCAUUUGAAAAUCAAGAAAGAAUGGAGGAAGUCUAUAAAGUGCUCAUAGGUAUCCAUCAAUUACAUCCUCUUAGGAAAAGUAACCAUUGAGGCUGAAACCAGUUUGGAAAAGAUGCAAUACUUAUGGUAAAGUGGGCAAAUCUCAAAUUUCGAAUACUUGAUGCGAUUGAAUCAAGCAGGCAAUAGAAGCACAAGUGAUCUAACUCAAUAUCCUGUUUUCCCCUUGAUCAUUAUUGAUUACGAAUCCACAACAUUGGAUUUGAAUAAUCCAUCCACGUAUCGUGAUUUGAAAAAACCUAUCGGAGCUUUGAACGAAAAGAGAUUGAAGGAAUUCCUGAAUCGAUAUUAAGAGAUGCCUACACCUAAAUUUCUAUAUGGAACUCACUAUUCCACUCCAGGAUACGUCAUUGGUUAUUUGGUGAGACAGAAACCACAAUACAUGUUGAAGUUGCAAUCAGGAAAAUUUGAUAAACCUGACAGAUUGUUCAAAAGUAUCAAGGGAGAUUUCAAAAAUAUCAUGAACAAUCCUACUUCGCUAAAAGAAUUGAUUCCUGAAUUCUUCCUUGAUGAUGACUCCUUUUUGGUAAACAAAUUUAAUUUGGAUCUUGGAAUCAGACAAAAUCAAAAGAAGGUUGGUGAUGUUAAAUUACCUAAAUGGGCUAGUAAUGCUAAAGAAUAUUUGAGAUUGAAUCGAAUGGCCUUGGAAAGUGAAUAUGUCAGCAAUUAGCUACACAAUUGGAUUGAUUUAAUCUUUGGGUACAAAUAAAGGGGACCUAAUGCUGUCGAAGCAAACAAUAGUAAUUAUUCUAUUCUAUUUUAGUAUUUCACUAUCUAACUUACGAGGGCACUGUUUAGAUCAAUAGUUUGACAGAUCCCAUUGAAAGACAAGCUUUCGCAUGUUAGAUCAAUGAAUUCGGAUAGUGUCCUAAAUAAUUGUUUAAGAUUGAGCAUCCACCUAAGUAUGCUUUGAGAAGUGGGCAAAUGAUCUACAAAUCUGUUGAACAAAUUAAACAAUAAAAGGAAGAGGAGGUUCCAAUCAAUGUAGAAGGAUUACUUUGGGAAAACUUGGAUAAGAAGGAUCAAUUCUCAAACAAGGUCAUUUCCAAGGCACAUAAAACGUAUUUACUUAUAUAUAAAAAGUAAUAUCACUGAUAUGGUAGUGUUAGAAAAGAAAGGUCUCUUAGUGACCAUAGGCUAGGAUGGUUUCUUAAAAGUUAUUGAUUUAAAAGAAUUCACUGUCUUGAAGUCCUUUAAAGUAGAUGAAUUCUGUUUAAGUGUGAUAGUUGUAUUGAAGCCAGAUGAAAUAUUUGCUAUUGGAAGUUGGGGUUCAUAAAUACAUGUGUUUAAUAUCAAUUAUGGAAGCAAGGUGUAAGUUGUUUAAAGGUUCAAUAAUUCUGUCAGUUCCUUAGUGUACUUGUAAAAGAAGAAAAUAUUGAUAACUGGAUCAUGGGAUUGUUCAUUGAAGAAGUUUGAGUGUUCAGAAAAUCAAAUUAAGUAAGAUACUGAAGAAAUGAUUGAUGAUUGGGAGGCUUAAAUAACUCAUAUUGCUGCCACUGAAGAUGAAUCAAUGAUUGCAGUCGGAGAUGUCGAUGGUAAAGUGAUUACAAUAAGUACCAGCAAUUGGACACAACAGAAUCAGUUUGAAAUCAAUGGGGAGAAAAUAGUAAAAUUACUAUUUUUUAAAACAAGUUUGCUUGUAGUAGGUGAUACUUAAAUUAAGAUGUUCAACAAUACUAGUUAAUUAUUGGAUUUCAAGAUUGAUAAAAACAAUGGAAUUGUAACAGAUGUAUUGAUCGAUCGUGAGAAGUAUCUUGUUGUAUGUAAUAAUGUCUUGCUAUUAAACAAGCUACCAAAAAGGGAUACGUAGCUGUAUUCUCUAUGUUGUUGGAGAGCAAAUUAGGAUACCUAUUUACUGAUUAUUAGACCUAGCCAGAUUUGAUUGUAAAUUAAGAUUAGCAAUUUACAAAGAUGUCCUUGUAAGACAAAGCCCUGGUGUUGGCAAGUCAGAAUGGUAGUGUCAACAUAUUACAAUAUUGA